CUUGACUGUCCAAUCGCUUUGUGCGGGAUAACUCGGCAGUGUAGCGGCUGGGCGAUUCUAAGAGGCCGGCGACUCUAAUCUGCUUUCGGGGUUUUCUACGGUUUUGAUUCCAAUAAGGGUAAUAAAAAGGGAGAAAAAAAUCUAGUGGAAAGCGCGAUUAACCAGCAGGUAACUAACGGAAGACAGCAUGAUAGCAGAAACUGAGAGUAUUGUAACAUAGGAAGAAUCUCCCAGCAGGUGAUGGAAAAACAGACUUUCACCUGAAGCAAGUUCUCUGAAAAACAAACCAGUCUUCAUCAGAGAAAUCUGAGACACAGCUACUAUAAUGGCUGAAUCUGAAGGGGGCAUUUCGCCCUCCUCAGUAUACAUUCAGCAUCAGUACAUGUGCAGUGAGUGUGGGCAGCUGUUCAACAUGCUGGAGGAAGUGCUGAUUCACCAGCAAAGUCACUUUGUUGGGGCUGAAGUCUAUGAGGAUGGAGCAAGUGGAGAGGCAGAAGAUUUGGAAGAAGAAAACAGUCCUCUGAUGGAAGAGGAAAAUACUGAAGGUGUUGAACAGGUUCAAAUUGCUGGACUUGCUGGGGUCCAUGAAAGCCAUUACCAGUGCCUGGAGUGCGGUCAGUUGUUGAUGUCACCUGAUGAACUACUUCAGCACCAGGAACUACACAUGAAGGAUGCACUUGCGAGUCAAGCUGCAGUUGAAGGCCUAGAUGAAGCAGCACAGAGUCAUUCUAAUAGCAGCAUCGGAGAAACUCAGCAAUCUACACAGCAGAUUCACUAUCAGUGCCUUGAGUGUCAGGCUUUGUUUGAUAGUCCAGACAUGUGGCUUGCUCAUCGACAAACUCAUACUAAACCACAACAGCAAAAAGUUGGUGGAUCUGCAGAAAGCCCUUCUGCUUCAACGGAUUCGGCUCCUCAACAUCAAGAAAUCUUGGUUCAGACAGAUGGCCCAGGAGGGCCCUUCUUCAAUUUACAAAAUCUUGUAUUAAGUGAGCAUCGCUAUGAAAGAGCAGGGGAAAUUCUAAGCCUGGCACAGGUAUUAGCCACACAGCAACAAACAGGCACUGUGCAACUUCAGAUCUGCUCGGCACAGGGCGGUGAAUCGAGAGGACUACUGCUUUCAUCACAAACAUUUUCAAAGUCUACAGGAUCAUCUGCUAACAGUGCCGCAACACCUUUAGCUGUGGAACAGACAAGUGGUUCUGUGAUUGCAUUGUCUGAUUCUGAACAUUCCUAUCAGAGAGCAACUGUUGGGACUUGCCUUGAUGAGGACGAUGAGCCAAUGCAGAUCCAUCCUUAUGAAUGCUCAGAGUGCGGUGCACUGUUUCAGACCCCUGAAGAAUUUCUAGAGCACCAAGGUGCUCACUUUUUGGAAGCUGAUAAAGAGAGUGGUGAGACAGUGAUGCCACCUGAAAUGAAUGGACAAGCAGCAGAAGAAGAGGAUGAUGAAGAGGAUGAAAGUGUGAUAGUGGUGACAGAGUCAGGAACAGGUAUCAUGGUCUUGGACAGUAGUUCUAAACGUGGUAGCAGUGCCUUCCAUGAAGUGCUCUCAAGGCAGAAUGCUCAUCGUAGCCCCUACCAUCGUUGUAGUGACUGCAAGCUAGACUUCAGUUCUGCUGAAGAGUUGAGGCGGCAUCGACGUGCUGACCAUAUGCGUGAGGAAUUUCGCUGUCCUGAAUGUCAACGUCUGUUCACCUCGGCUAAUCGGCUUGCUGCUCACAGGAAGGUACACAUUGAUGGGACACAUGAAUGCCCAGAAUGUUCAAAGGUGUUCAAGAAGGCUGCCUCUCUGGAGCAACAUGCUCGGGUUCACAGUGGGGAGGCACUGUAUCUUUGUGUCGACUGUGGACUUGGCUUUGCCACUGAAAUGACUCUUAUUGUUCACAGGAAGACGCAUACACCUGAACCUCUUCAUCGUUGCCAAUACUGUGCCAAGACCUUCACUAACAUGACCAAGUAUCUUUAUCAUAGAAGAACUCAUUCAGGGAAGAGUGGAACCCCUGCUGUAGUACCACAACCACCUUACAACCCUGUGUCCAGUGUUGCACAGCUUCCUGUUCGGAGGACAGUUACACAGUUACUGCAGCCAACACGGGUAGCAUUACCUGAUGGCUCCACUGAAUGUCGACAAACAAAGGAAGAAGCCAGCCGAACAGAGUCUGUCAAUGCCAUAUAUACUGAAGGUGCCACAGUGGAAAGCUGUUGCAGUCAGUUGAGUCCUGGAAAGCCAGAGGAGUCACAGGAAUGUUUGGUUAGUGUGCCAGUGACUUUGGAAAAUGGAAAUGCUGCUGUGAACGGUGUGCUUCAUGCGAGUCCUGAUGUUGUGCCAGAGGGAGAACAGAAUGCAAGUAAUCCACCAGGCACUGAAGGACUUGCUAGUACUACCGACGAAGAUAUACCCAAAGCUGAAGAAUCUUACCCUUGCCCACUGUGUCCAAAGUCUUUUCCUACACAGAUCCGGCUUGUUAGACAUAAACGUACAGUGCAUAUUUCUGAACGGAAAUUUAAAUGCAAUAUCUGUGGAAUGAGUUUUAAGAAACAGGUGCAUGUUAAAAACCACCUACGUACCCACACUGGAGAGAGACCUUAUCAAUGCAGCGAAUGUGGUAAGACCUUCUCUUCUUUAGCUAACCUUACAAGACACAAUUUUACCCAUACUGGACAACGCCCAUAUACUUGUGAAGUGUGCCAAAAGACAUUUACACAGUCCUCAAACCUGCAACAGCACAGGCUUUCCCACUCUUCCACUGCACCAUUCUCCUGUAGUGAAUGUGGGCCUUUCACCCGCCCUUCAAAGCUUGCAUCUCAUCGAUAUCAGCACACAGGAGAACUCCCUUAUAAGUGCUCUGAAUGUGAUCGCUCUUUUCUGAAGAAGAGACUGUUAGAGCUCCAUAAAUUGUCACAUCAAGGAAAAGAACCAUACCACUGUGAUAAAUGUGGAAUAAUUUUUGCAAAUCCUUCCAAGUUGUCAGAACACCACUGUACUUCUACCCAGAGUGUACUAAAACAGAGUUUUGAGUGUACUGUCUGUGGAAAAAGGUUAAACUCUCCAGCCAAUUUGAGACUUCAUGAACUUGCUCACUCUGGGGUAAGACCCUUCAAAUGCUCACAGUGCCCUAAAGGGUUCACUAACAAAGGAAGCCUAAAUUUGCAUGAGCGUCGUCAUUGGGGGCUAAGUCCACAUAAAUGUGCACAGUGUGGAAAGUCUUUUGUUUCUGCCUCAGGGUUGGCCUUGCAUCAGCGCAUCCAUACAGGAGAACGACCCUACCCUUGCACCGAGUGUGGCAAGAGGUUUCGACAGGCCACUCAUCUUCGUGAGCAUUUGCGCACACACUCGGGUGAACGGCCUUUCCAAUGUGAAAUUUGUCAAAAAUGCUUUGUUCAGUCCAUGCACCUUGCGGAGCACAGACGCACUCACACUGGAGAGAGACCACACCAAUGCCCAGACUGUGGGAAAGCUUUUAAGACUUUUUCAAACUUGCGCUGCCAUCGGAAGACACAUGGGAAACAGAAAGGAAACCUUCCCCCUGAAACACAACAACACAUACAGCUUCAGGUACAGCAGCCACAGUCCCAAACACCAACCAUCAUGUGCACUGAAUUUGGGGACACAAUUGCCAUUAUUGAGACGUCUGAUUCCAGCAUCCCAAUUGUGGAAACCAUUGAAAUCUACCAGGCAGCUAUUGAGAGCAGCUUACAGCUGGACAACAUUACUGUAGAAAACAUGCAGCUUGACAAUAUCCAAGUCAACACCAUCAUGUAAAGGAUGUUGACUGAGUGGAGCAAGUACAGUGACCCAGCAACUCCGUCAGAGAAACUUUGUUAAUAAAUGACUCUGUUGGCUAGCAGAGCCCAUGACCAGCAGUUUAUACAGCUUCAUUUCUGUAAUUGCUUGUUGUUUUGGGUUUUUUGUAUAUUAAAUGUUCAAUAAAUGCAGUUUCAUGUA